AUGGAAGAGAUUGAAGAGAGAGCAGAGUUACAGAGAAUGCAGAGGGAGCAAGAGAGGGAGAGAAGGCGCAUACGUGAUAGGCAAAGGAGACAAUCAAUGACUCAAGAACAAAGAGAAAGACAUCUUGCAAGACGCCGCAGAAACUACCAACUCCGAAGACAGAGAGCUGCAAAUUCUCAUGCUCCAUUCAUUCCUCAACUUCAAGCUCUAGAAUCAAGUGUAGGUGAAGCCAGUACCAGUGAUGAGUUUCAUGGUGUUACUGCUUCUACCUCUCUAGUCCUCUCUCAUGCCUUCGCUUUCCCUGCCCUCAACCAAGCACAACAAACACACAACUUUCAAACCAAUGUUGUUGAAGGAGCAUCAGUUGAAUUGGAAACUCUAGCUUAUAAACCAGCCAAUUCACCAAGAAAGUUACGUCUAAGUCGUAUUAGAGGUCUUGCACGAAACCUUACACGUUCAAUGGUUGAUCCUGAUGGUCCUCACCAUGUUGCAGCAGAGUUGAUAACUAAGGAAGAUGCAUCAGUGACUAAUUUUGGUAGCAUGCAAAAAUCCUUGCGUUUGAAUUGUGUGAAGCGCCUUGCACGAUCAAAAAUUUGCUAG